GGAUGGACUCCCACUCGAACUGGGUAGGCCGCACAAAUGGAGACCGAGCUCUGGCUGCUCUGGGCGACGCUCGCCGUCUCGCUCCUCUACUACCUGAGCAUCCUACGACGCGGCACCGGCGCUUCACGGCUGCCGCCGGGACCCAGGCCGCUCCCGAUCGUCGGCAACCUCCUCGACCUGCGCGGCCACCUCCACCACACGCUCGCCCGCCUCGCGCGCGCUCACGGCCCCGUCAUGCGCGUCAGGCUGGGGCUCACCACGGCCGUGGUCGUCUCCUCGCGCGACGCGGCGGGGGAGGCGUUCGCGAAGCACGACCGGCGCCUCGCCGCGCGCGCCGUCCCGGACGCCGCCCGCGCCCUGGGGUUCUCCGAGCGGUCCAUGAUCUGGCUGCCGAGCUCCGACCCGCGGUGGAAGGCGCUGCGCGGCCUCGUGGCCGCGCACGUCUUCUCCCCGCGCAGCCUCGCCGCGGUGCGCGGCGUCCGCGAGCGCAAGGUGCGGGACCUGGUGGGCUACCUCCGCGGCCGCGCCGGGCGGGAGGUGGACGUCGGCCAGGCCGUGUACGGCGGCGUGCUCAACCUCGUGUCCAGCGCCUUCUUCUCCAUCGACGUCGUCGACGUGGGCGCCGAGUCGGCCCAGGGGCUACGGGAGCUCGUGGAGGCAAUCGUCGAGGCGAUCGCGAAGCCGAACGUCUCCGACCUUAUCCCUUUCCUCCGGCCGCUUGACCUGCAAGGAUGGCGUCGCUAUACAGCCGGGCGUUACGAGGAGAUCUUUCGUGUCCUGGAUGGCAUAAUCGACCGCCGGCUGGCAGAGGCCUCCUCGUCCAGGGACACGAAGUACGGCGACUUUCUCGACGCGCUCCUCGAGCUCCUGUCCACCGGCAAGGUCGCUCGUGACGACCUGACGACCAUACUGUUCGACGUCUUCGCCGCCGGGAGCGACACCAUCGCGAUCACGGUCGAGUGGGCGAUGGCCGAGCUGCUCCGGAACCCGAGCACCAUGGCCAAGGUGCGCGCGGAGCUCGACGGCGCUUUCGGCAGCAAAGAAACCGUCGAGGAGCCCGACGCGGCGAGCCUGCCGUACCUCCAGGCCGUGGUGAAGGAGGCGAUGCGGCUGCACCCGGUGGCGCCGAUACUGCUCCCCCAUCUGGCCGCGGAGGACGGCGUCGAAGUCGGCGGCUACACGGUGCCCAAGGGCAGCACCGUGAUCUUCAACGCCUGGGCGAUAAUGAGGGAUCCGGGGGUGUGGGAGAGGCCGGACGAGUUCUUGCCGGAGCGGUUCUUGGACGAGGCGGCCGGUGUGGAGUUCAGGGGGAAGGACUUCGAGUUCAUCCCGUUUGGGGCCGGUCGGAGGCUGUGCCCUGGCCUGCUGAUGGCAGAGCGUGUCGUGCCGCACAUAGUAGCUUCGCUGCUGCACGGGUUUGAUUGGCGCCUGCCGGAGGGUGUGUCGACUGAGCAAUUGGACUUGAGCGAAAAAUUUACCACUGUAAAUGUACUGGCCGUCCCACUUAGGGCAGUGCCUCUUGUAAGAACCUAGUUGUUUAUGAUCAAUGCAAGUAAGGGUGCAAAUACUGCCCAAAAAA